AUCGCAACACUUCGCUAUCAAAUACGUUAACAAACACUAACCGAGUCCGCCAGAAAUAAUUUGCUGAAAAAAUAUCUUGAUUAAAUAUGAGCAGCAAAGAAUGGAAACGCUUGGUCAAGUUGGAAUACAUGAAGAUACGCCAGCAAAAGCGCUACAAACGUGCUGAUGAAAUUAAGGAGGCGUGGAUUAAAAACUGGGAUGAGCACAACCACAAUGUGCAGGAUUUGUACUGCGAAUCGAAAGUGUGGCAGGCAAAACCCUAUGAUCCACCGCACGUUGACUGUGUGAAACGCGCUGAGGUUACCAGCUACAAUGGCGCCAACAGUGGCCCGCAGCGUGUGCCUAUUUGUGUAAUCAACGCCGUCACGCCCAUACCCACAAUGUAUACAUGGGCGCCCACUCAGCAAAAUUUUAUGGUCGAGGAUGAGACUGUGCUUCACAACAUACCGUAUAUGGGUGACGAGGUGCUUGACAAGGAUGGCAAGUUCAUAGAAGAGCUGAUCAAGAACUACGAUGGCAAGGUGCACGGCGACAAGGAUCCAUCGUUCAUGGAUGAUGCCAUAUUUGUGGAGCUGGUACAUGCUUUGAUGCGCUCGCAUAGUAAGGAGUUGGAGGAAACAGUGACGAGUCCAUCUGCCAAAACAGAGACAUCAACCGCACCAAAAUUAAAGGAAGAAGAUGAGAAAACAGAGACCACGGCAUUGUUAGAGCCAACGGCAGCAGCUUCUUCGUCUGCUGCUGAAGACAAGGAGGCUGCGCCUGCUGCAGUUAUUGCAGACACAAAGUGCAAAGUAGAGAAAGUUAAGGAGAAGCUGCCGUUUCCAGCACCUAUCAUAUUUCAGGCAAUCAGCGCCAACUUUCCGGACAAGGGCACUUCCCAGGAGCUAAAGGAAAAGUACAUCGAGCUUACCGAACAUCAGGAUCCCGAGCGGCCGCAGGAAUGCACGCCUAACAUCGAUGGCACCAAGGCGGAGAGCGUUUCACGUGAACGGACUAUGCACUCGUUCCACACAUUGUUCUGCCGGCGCUGUUUUAAAUAUGAUUGUUUCCUUCAUCGUCACCAUGUACAGGGCUUGCAGGGACACGCUGGUCCCAAUUUGCAAAAGCGUCGCUAUCCGGAAUUGAAGACCUUUGUGGAGCCCUGCAGCAAUUCCUGUUACAUGUUAAUUGAUGGCAUGAAGGAGAAGCUAGCAGCUGAUAGCAAAACGCCGCCUAUAGAUUCCUGCAACGAGGCCAGCUCCGAGGACAGUAACGAUAGUAAUAGCCAGUUUAGCAACAAGGAUUUCAACCCCGAGAACGGCAAGGAUAAUGGCAUAGCUGUCAAUAGCGCGGAAAUUAACUCCAUUAUGGCUGGCAUGAUGAACAUCACCAGCACGCAGUGCGUAUGGACUGGCGCCGAUCAAGCGCUCUUUAGAGUCCUGCACAAGGUGUAUUUAAAGAAUUAUUGUGCAAUUGCACAUAAUAUGCUUACAAAGACCUGCCGCCAGGUGUACGAAUUCGCGCAGAAAGAGGCCGCCGAGUUUAGUUUUGAGGAUUUGCGUCAGGACUUUACUCCGCCGCGGAAGAAGAAGAAAAAGCAGCGCCUAUGGUCGCUGCAUUGUCGCAAGAUACAGCUGAAGAAAGACGGGUCAUCGAAUCACGUGUACAAUUACACACCCUGCGACCACGCCGGUCCCUGCGACAUGAAUUGCUCCUGCAUACAAACGCAGAACUUUUGCGAGAAGUUCUGCAACUGCAGCAGCGAUUGCCAGAAUCGUUUCCCAGGCUGUCGUUGCAAGGCCCAGUGCAACACUAAGCAAUGCCCUUGUUAUUUGGCUGUACGAGAGUGCGAUCCUGAUUUAUGUCAAGCUUGCGGUGCCGAUCAAUUUAAGCUGACCAAAAUCACUUGCAAGAAUGUUUGCGUGCAGCGUGGAUUGCACAAACAUUUGCUGAUGGCGCCCUCGGACAUUGCCGGCUGGGGCAUUUUUCUCAAGGAGGGCGCACAAAAAAAUGAGUUCAUAUCGGAGUACUGCGGCGAGAUAAUCUCGCAGGACGAGGCCGAUCGUCGUGGCAAGGUUUAUGACAAAUACAUGUGUUCAUUUUUGUUCAAUUUGAAUAACGACUUUGUUGUGGAUGCCACACGCAAAGGCAACAAAAUUCGAUUCGCCAAUCAUUCGAUCAAUCCCAAUUGCUAUGCCAAGGUCAUGAUGGUCACUGGCGAUCAUCGUAUCGGAAUCUUCGCUAAGCGGGCCAUACAGCCAGGAGAAGAGCUCUUCUUUGACUACAGAUACGGGCCCACUGAGCAGCUCAAAUUUGUUGGCAUCGAACGAGAAAUGGAAAUCGUAUAAUAUACUUACAUUUAUAUUCGACAAAAAUGAUCUAUCCAACUAAAUAAAUAUAUAUAUUGAUCCAUA